GACGAUGAAACUACUAUGAUUGAUUUCCAAGGCAAUAACAUAUCAGUUCAUAUUAAAGAAGGUGUAUCAUCAUCCACAUUAAAGCUCUUUUUAAAUGGUAUCUUUUCAAAAUUAAAUAAUAUUAAUAGAAAAGAAGGUAUUAUUUACAACUCUAAAAUACAAUAUGAUGAACAACAAAGUUUAAUUAAUCUUGAUAUAACUGGAUUUAACUUUGGAGAACCAUACGAUAUUGGUUUGCCUACAGUUUUUAAUACAACUUUUGCAAAUAAAAACUGUUCAAUGUUAUACCAUGGCACAAAGUAUAACAAAAACUGUACAAUCGAUAUAAUUACAUGUCAAUUAACUCUACCACAUAAUUUUAACAAAGAUCUUAUAUUAGAAGAUAAAGAAAGUAGUAAUACAACUCUUACGAUUCCAUUUACACUUAAAUUAGGUAAUAAUACAAUCUAUUCGUCAUUUAAUAAUAUUGAACAUAUACCAGCCAAAGAUAAUAAGAAAAAAACAAAAACUAUUGCAUUAGCAACUACAUUAUCAAUUGGAUUAACUUUACUUUUUGCUGGCAGUGUAUAUGGUGUUUGGAGACAUCAUCAAAACAAAAUUG